GACCCCACUUGAUGGCUCAGCUAGCCGGCGCGAUGGGGCAUGGCCGUUCGCCAGGCGCUGGCGCCGGAGGUGGAGUUGCUGCGUGCCAAAGGGCCUGGCAGCUCCCGAGAGGUGCGCGCGCUGUUGGCCGCGGUGCUGCCGCGCUGGCGGCAGCGGCCGCAAGAGGCCACGCGAGUGCUCAAUGGCCUGGCUGCGACCAGGUGGGGGAGCUGGGACAUGGGACAUGGGUGCACCACCCUGGCCCUUCAAGUGCUCGAUGUCAUGGAGCUAGCCGGCGUAGAGGCCAACGUCUUCCACUACUCCGCAGCAGUUGCGGCUUGCGAGAAGUCCAGUCACUGGAUAGCAGCCUUGCAGAUCUUCACCGACAUGUCCUCAGCAGAGGUUCAGCCCAAUGUCUUCACCACCAGCUCGGCCAUCAGCGCCUGCGCGGGCGCCGCCCAGUGGCACCGCGCCCUGGCGCUCCUCGCCGAAGCGGAGGCGUGGAACGCCGUGGUCUUCGGCGGAGCGCUGAGCGCCUGCGAGAAGGGCGGACAGUGGGAAGUCGCUUUGGCACUUCUGGCGACCAUGGACCAAGCCCAGGUGCAGGCGGACGUGGUGUGUAUCAACAGUGCCACGAGCGCCUGUGAGAAGUGUGCCCGUUGGCAAGCCGCGUUGCAGCUGCUGAAGGUCUCUGAGGCACGGCGUUUGGGCGCCUUGGUGGCCCACAACGCCGCCCUGAGCGCCCUGGCGCGGAAGAGCCGCUGGCAGCAAGCGCUGCAGCUGCUGCGGCAACUAGACGCACGGCGCCUGCGGAAAGACGCCAUCAGUUACAACGCGGUGAUCCAUGCAUGCGCGAAGUCUGGUCACUGGGAGCUUGCGCUGCACCUUCUGCAGCAUAUGGCCAAUGGGCUCUCUCCAGAUGCAAUCAGCUACAGCGGCGUCAUCUCAGCGUGUGAAAGAGGAAGCAGAUGGCACCUUGCGGUUCAACUCUUCGGCACCAUGGCUGCUGCACGAAUCACACAGGACGUCGUCAGCUGCAGCAGCGUCAUCAGCGCCUGCCAGCAAGGCAGUGAGUGGCGGACGACUUUGUCAACAAUCGAAGCCAUGCCGAGCCUUGCUGCCAUGCCAAACAGCAUCAGCUACAGUGCCGGCAUCGGCGCCUGUGAGGCCCGUUGGCGCUCGGCGCUGGGACUCUUGGAAGCGGUGGGGCCGGGGCAAGUGGACGGCUUCUGCUGCAAUGCGGCGAUGACCGCCUGCCAGAAAGGCUUUGCAUGGCGAUCCGCUUUGCGGCUCUUCACCUUGAUGCCGUGCCACGCAGUCGCGCCGGAUGUAAUCAGCUGCUCCGCAUCUCUGUCCGCGUGCGACAUCGGUGCGCAAUGGGCCCAUUUUGCAGCACUUUGCCAAGCAGAGUCUGACUUGCUGCUGGCCUUUUUUCGUAGAAAAGCCCAGUGAACAGGUGCUUUCCAGCGAUGCAGGCGCCACCAAAGGUUGUGGCUGCUUCCUGCAAAUGGUC